UAUUAUUUAAUUAUUAUAUUAUUUAAUAGAUAAUAGAAUAUAUACAUUUUUUUAUUAUAAAUGAUAACAAAGACCAUUGGGUAACUACUGAAUAAGAUACGUUUCAUUUUCAGCAACAUCUCCCACGCUUGUGCUAUGUCGGGGUUGCAACCCUUUUGCGACCAAUAACAAUUGGCGUCGAUGUGAAAUUUUGUGUCACGGGCGUGCCUCGUCGGAAUAGUUCGAAGAAAGCGACAUGCUCGGGCGAACGGGGUGGGCCCACGAUACGCCUUGUGACCCCUCGAUAUCGUUCGUAUCGGUUCUACAUCGGCUGUCCCUGCUCCUCCAACCGCGCUGACUUUCCACGAUGAUCGUUUGUGUCUCUUCCCUCCCUCUGCCUGCACUCGUGCUCCCUCGUGACAAAAGGGGCGAGAGCCCCGUGGCCGCAGCGACCGAUUAAUUCUCUACAAAGGGGCUGCGUAUCUCGCAUCGAGCCCUCGACAGGCCCCUCUAAACCCACCUACGGCCCUACUGCCAACGGCGUCCACGCUUUCAUCCCUCUGCAGCCCCGAUGCUUUACGAAGGACGAUCCUUCCCUCCUCCAUCCCUAAAGUGGAUUGGCUCGACCUCCAAAAAGGCCAUCGGUCGGGGGAAAUAUUUCUAUAAGUAUAAGAUCGGGGUGAGUCUAGAUUUGUAUUCAGUUACCAUUGAACGGCUCUUCCUGUCGUGUCGACUAUCCUAUUUCUAGUGCACGACAGCGAAGUCUUACGUGAUUCAAAGCGUAAAGUGUUCAACACAGUGUUAACAUCAUUGAUUCGCCUCAAAAUGUCCAAACCAAAGAGCACGGGUUUAUUUAGACCUUGGAACGAUUUAGAAAUAAAUAAAGCUUCCGGGAUCGCCGUCAUUGAUAACAAACUUCACAAUGUGCCAUGCAGGAAACAGGAAGACGACGAACAGAUUGUGUCCUCGACAACGUCGACAAAUCUGACUUUGAGCACCGUUGAAAUGUCCGAUGACUGCGAUGGCAAUUUCUUGGAUCAAGGACCGGCAGCUUCCUCGACGUUAACCGAUUGUCAUCGCACGCGGAUAAGCGAGUCUCCCAAUAACGUAGCCACCAGAAUCACGCCAACCUUCGAAGACACCUCGGUCAGCCACAUGCAAGAUAGAAGAAACAAUUCACAUAUCCUCCAUUCGGAACGAUCGAUGGAUUCGAUGAUUCCUGUGUCACGUGCAAUUUCCACUCGGAGUUCGGACGAGGUCGAUGGCUCCAGUGACGUUACCUCGCCGAGCUAUCUAUCGACGCUUAGAGAAUUUCGACCGUCGGAGGAUUUUGCUUCGAUUAUCGGGGCUUAUCCGAUGGCGAUUACGAAUUUCGAUAUCGUGGGACCAUGGGUCACUGAGUCGCGCGUAUCCGACGUUUCCAGGAUACAUUCCGAGUACAUCUAUCCUGGAGGAAAUCCUGGAUUUCAGUCCGGAAUCUAUUCUGGAAUUUUUCCUCUGAACCUUUAUAAUCAUUCCGUGGAAGAAGCGGUGCAAAUGGUACAUCGGCAGGACGCUGUCGCUAAAGAGAUAAAAAAGAUGCGGCCGAAGAAACACAACUGCCCGCACUGCAGCAUGGCAUUCAGUAACGGUGGUCAGCUUACCGGACACAUUCGGAUACACACUGGUGAGAGACCGUUUAAGUGUGAUGUUGAGUCCUGCGGAAAACGGUUUACCAGAAAUGAGGAACUGACGCGGCACAAACGAAUUCAUACUGGUGUUCGACCUUACUCUUGCAUCUAUUGUAAGAAGCGAUUUGGUCGUAAGGAUCACCUCAAGAAGCAUAUGAGGACUCACGAGGUACGCGAUUCGUAUCGCGUUUCGACGACGGCAUUAGACAUGAUUGCUUCUCUAAGUUAUCCAUUUCAACAAACUACCGAACUUUCGCCAUACCUCUAUCAGAUCUGACGUUGGAUUUUCGAUAAAAAGUUGAGUACAAUGAUCACUUUGACAAUAAAUAAAUUUAAUUUUUCUAAUGUUUGUUGUAAACAAGUAAACUAUCUUUUAAUGGCUAGAAAAUUUCGACAAGAAUUUUAAAAGGUUUUAAAUCAGCUAUCAGAAAGAGCGUUUAACAGAUUUUAAAUUUAUCAGAAAUUAGAUAUGUGAGAUCACAGACAAUAAACUCGACAAUCCUGAGUCAUUUGUUACGAUAAAUUUGUCGUUCGAAAGGAAAAAUAACGUGAGUAGGAAAUAGUUCCUAUUUACGUAAGAAAUCAAAUAUUUUGCAACUUAGUAAAUUAGAUAAAUUGCGAAUGUAGAGUUGAGAUUUACUUUUUCUUUCUCCAAAUACAGUGUCUAUAUUUGUAUAUAUAAUAUAUAGUGUAUAUACUUAUGUAUAUAAUAUAAAUUUUCUUAUUCUCUUAUAACAUUAUGUUCUCUUAACAAAUUUUGGCAAUCAUUCUAGUUAUUAUUGUUUUAUUAACUAUGACUCUAAUUCUAAGAAUGUUUUGUCAAAUUGCCUUAAAUCCUUCAGCCAUUUUGUCUUCCAAACUCUUACCGUAUUUUAGCCCGUAUAAUUAAUUAAAAUAGAUGACAUAUAUAGUUCUUUAUUAUAUGCUUUCUAUAGUUGUAAUGGUAUAUUUUGAAGAUAAUAUAUUAAAUAUGUAAAUAUAUGCAAAAUAACUGUAAUAUUUAAGGUGUAAAUAUUUAAAGACUGAAUAUAUUUAAAAAAUGCAUAUUUAAUAUGUAUACUUUAUAUAU